AUGGCCGACCGUCCUGCCGCCCCCCGCCGUCGUGCGCGGCUGGUGCGCCCCCGCGGUAAGCGUGGGGGCGCGAAGCACCGCAAAAGCAUGAGCGAGCAUGCGAAGGUCAUUGCGCAGUACCAUGCACUGGAGAAGAAGAUCGCACGCGCGCCACCAGACGAGCGAGCGCAGCUUGUGGCCGAGCAGCGUGCGCUGGGCGGCCUGGCCGCGUACCAGGACCAGAGCUCGACGGGGGGCGCCGUGGUUCGUGGAGGCGAGUCGGGCAAGUGGUGUGUCAAGGUGCUUAAAGAGCUGUGGCCGCUGAGCCGAAAGGUCCGGCUGCUCGAUGUCGGCGCGAUUGCUGGGACCGCGUACGCGGCGUGGCCUGGCUUUGUGGAAACGACGAGCAUGGACUUGCAUCCGCGGGCGGACCAUGUGAUUGCGUGUGACUUUUUCGAUUUUCCUGUGCCGGCCGAUGACGCGCACAAGUUUGACGUGGUCGGCUUGUCGCUCGUCCUCAACUUCGUGGGCGACUUGCACCGUCGCGGGGCGAUGCUCGUGCAUGCGCACCAAUACUUGCGCCCUGGCGGCUAUGUCUAUGUGGUGCUACCGCUCGCGUGCGUGGCCAACAGCCGGUACAUGUCGCACCAGCACUUUCGCUCGCUCGUGCGGUCCGUCGGCUACGACGUUGUACGGCAGGAAGACAGCCAGCGGCUGACGCGCUGGCUACUGCAGCAGCGGGAUCCCCAGGCCACAGAGGCUGCCCGCAGGGACGUGGCCUCCCUCUUCUGGGACGGCACCGUGUUUAAAAAGCGCGAGCUGCGUGCGGGAGCGCAGCGCAACAACUUUUGUAUCCUGUAUCCAUAG